AUGCACAAUGUCAAGGGCAAGGUUGAGCACUUUGACGUCUACGGCGAAGUCCGCACGAGGUAUUCCCAGGUCUACUGGACACGAAAUGCACCGAUCAACCUGCCGAAGGAUCUGGUGGAUCGUUUUGACGGCAAGGUGAUGGCCAUCACGGGAUAUGAAGUGGAUCAGGUCACACACGAUGGACCUCAGCUGGGAAGCACGACGGUCGACGACAUUCUUGGCGGUUUUUCUUGCUAUCCUGACUGCUCCGAAGGUGACCGGUCCAUUCCUAGCUACCACGCCUACAACCACCACUACUUCUCUUGGCUGGUCGGAAAAGAUGCUCAAGUCUAUGACCGGGAGCAGCCUGUCCACAUCCCCAAUCCCACCUCGACUGGAGUAAGGGAUCUUCCCCAUGGCCACGACUAUCCGACGAACAUUGUCUUCAAGGAGAACCCGGGCGGUGAGUUCCGGAAGAGCUUCCACGGCUACCCCAGCGGCUAUGCCCAGCUGGUCCACUCCCCGAAAACCUGGGUGGUCGAGCCCAUGCAGAUUGACACCCACCACCGACACUUCGGCAUCAACAGCCAGGAGGGCUACAGAGAGUGGUUCCUUCCGAAGAGGAGCCAAGGCCAAGAGACGGACCGAAAUGGCGGCUUGAGCCCUCUGAUUGAGUGCCCCUGCAGCGACCGUAUCGCGCUGGAGACGGUCAGUACCCCCACGGUGCGGUCGCAGGACACCUGUCAGGCCCCCAUUACCACGGCCUCGGCGUGCCUUGCGGAGGUGAAGCGCAUCGCCCCAGUGGGCCGCUCUUCCACAAUCGAUGACCCGAGCCUGCCAUCAGGCUGCUCGCUGAAGCCCUUGGGAGAUAGCUACGAGGCAAUUUUCAACGAAGCGCACUCGACGAAGACCUGCGAGCCGCCCCGGCCGAUGCAGUUGGCCGGCAAGGUGCAGCUGGGGCAGCUGACCAACCUCUCGCUCCGGAGUGAGAGUCUGAAUGUGACCAUUACAAUCUCCGGCCCGGAUGGCUACUGGUUUGGUGUAGGCUUCAAUGCUCAGGCUAUGAGCUCCCGGCCCUAUGCCCUGAUUGUUGAAGCCGGGGGUAGGGUCUCCGAGCGCAAGCUCGAGAACCAUGGACCAGGACAUCAAUUGAAGGCUUCAAUAACUGUGUUGUCUUCCACGGUCACAGGCGGCAUCCGCACGCUCACUCUGACGCGACCCUUACAGGGCCUCGAUGCGGAUCACUACACCUUUCCAAGGGAACCGGGCCAGAUCGAUGUCAUCACAGCCGUUGGCAGCACGCCAACCUUGUCUUACCACAAGGCACACACGGGCGGGAAGAUCAUGCUGUUGCCUGAGAAUGAGCAAGCGUGUGUCUGCCAGCCAACAGAGACGCAUUUCCUCAACUACAUGAACAAGGAUCGCAAUCAGUUCGAGGGCUAUGCGUGUGCAGACGAGCCACGGUCUGACAUGCUCAGGCACGGCGACGGCACAGGCCGCAACGUCUCCAACGCUGCCUGCCACCCUCACACAUACCAUGGGGGGCUGCAGUGUUGCAAAAAUCAGUAUUUCUUGACUGACCUGGAUCAGGAGGACCUUAUUCCAAACGAGACAGACAUCUAUUUUCUCAAGUGGCGGUACUACUUCCAGGAGUAUCUCCCGCCAUCUGACAAGGAGGCUGCUUCUCACAGGCAUCUGCACCACUGGGUCUUUCUCAUUGAUGAGGCAAUUAACGACUACGAGGAGGAUAACGCACGCUAUGGCGCGCAAAGCGUUGGAAGGAUUACUGCUCACGUGACUGGCAAAGAAAUUGGUCUCGAAGACGUGCCAGUUGCAUACAGCACAAUUACCCCCUUGGUCAUGACACCCCACUGUCAUGCUCCCAGCUGCCUACGAGAAGAGCUCUGGAAUGCAGACACCGGGGAAAUCAUUUGCAACGUCACCGCUCGCUACGGGAGCACAGCAUAUGGCUCCCUCAGCCGCGUCUUCAACGAGGCGAACUACAUCGCACUGCCUCCCUGCAUCUUCGGCCAUCAGCCUGGCCUUCAGCGGCCAUUCACGCUGACGCCCGCCACGAGGCUUCGGGCGGUGAAGUAUUUCAACAACACCUUCAGGCACCUUGGGCAGAUGGCACAGUGGACAGGUCUGAUGGUUUGUGAUGCAGACCCCAUCGCCGAGGAUUAUGUGCACGUGUGA